AGUGAGUUCUUCAUCUGUCAUUAAAUCCACAUUUCUUUUUGAACGAGUUUUGUUGCGAUCAUUUCGUUAACUUAAAUUCUAAAAAAGUUUAUUUCAAAUAGCUAUUUUCGUUUCAUAUCACUUUUGUCGUUGCAUUUACACCUGUCCACAAAAUGCAGAAUCCGAAUGAAGACACUGAAUGGAAUGAUGUUCUACGUCAGAAGGGAAUCAUUCCGGAGAAGGAGAAAGGAAUCACCGAAGAUGACAUCAUUAAAAUGAUGGAACAGACCAUUGAGGAUAAGCAAAAGUCGAGAGAAAAGGAAUUGUCUGAACUGGAUCUGGAUGGUCUCGACGAACUGGAAGAUUCUGAAGAUGAGGCAGUGCUUUUGGAAUACAGAAACCGGAGGAUAGCUGAAAUGAGAGCACUGGCUGAAAAGAGUAAAUUUGGUUUCGUACGGGAAAUAUCUGGUCAGGACUAUAUUGAGGAAGUGAACAAAGCUGGCGAAGGGAUCUAUGUCGUGUUGCAUUUAUAUAAGCAAGGAAUUCAGCUAUGUGCGUUGAUCAACCAAUUCAUGGCCGAUCUGGCCACUCGUUUUCCGCAUACAAAAUUCCUGAAGGCAAUAUCAACCACCUGCAUACCAAAUUUUCCGGAGAAAAAUCUGCCCAGCAUUUUCAUCUACUUUGAGGGCAAUAUUAAGAAGCAAAUCAUUGGACCAGUUGAACUGCGAGGAGAAAAACUUACAGCCGCCGAAUUCGAAUAUCUACUGGGUCUGUACGCUGCUAUUCCAACGAGCAUAAAGGAAGAUCCACGACCAGCUGUCAAAGAUAAACUUAUGGCUGACUUGGCCGAUAACAAUGACUGGUAAUUUGUGGUUCCUUGAUAGUGUUUUUUGGCGAACAAAAAAAAAUUAUUUAUUUUACGACGGGAAAUGUGUUUUGUUGAAAUGAGUUUUUGUAUUGAGGCAAUAAACGAAAAUCAAAAAA